UUUCAGUAAAUUUCCUUACUAAAACCUUCUCCAUAUGAUCAUUAAUUAAUGAUAAGGUAAGGACUAAAAGAGAGGUCAGGGAUGACGUCAGAAAUAGGCACAUCUGGGCAUGUAUAUCCCCACCAAUCCACCAUCCCUAUACGUAUUAAUAUUAUGGUUCACUAGUUUUCGUUGGAAGCAGUUAUCAUCACAAGCACCUGAGUUUCUGAGUUCUGAAAACAUGGAAACAUGGUUGUUGGUGGUGGUUUCCGCAUGCGUGUGUCUCCUCAUCAGAGCAAUAAUAAUAACUCUUACCAGCAGCAGUCACAAGAGCCAGGCGCGUCCUCGUCUUCCCCCGGGCCCACCACACAUUCCUAUCGUAACCAGUGUCGUCUGGCUCGCUAAAUCAUUCUCCCAAAUCGAGCCCAUCCUCGUCGGCCUUCGGGCCAAGUACGGGCCCGUCAUCACACUCCGCAUCACUACCCGGCCUGCCAUCUUCGUGGCGGACCGCUCCCUGGCCCACCAGGCACUCGUCCAGAAGGGAGCCGUCUUCUCCGACCGGCCCCCUGCCCUAACCGUCUCCCGCAUACUCACCUGCAACCAGCACAACAUCAACUCCGCACCCUAUGGCUCCACGUGGCGCUCCCUCCGCCGCAACCUCACCACUGAGAUGCUGCACCCUAACCGCAUCAAAUCGUUCUCCUCAGUCCGUCGCUGGGUCCUCGACGUCCUCCUCAACCGCCUCAAGUCCGAUUCCGAAACCACACACUCCGUCAGAGUCAUCGAUCAUUUCCACUAUGCCAUGUUCUGCUUACUCGUCUUCAUGUGCUUCGGCGAAAAGUUGGACGAAAAGCAAGUCAAGGACGUGGAGCGUGUUCAGCGAGCGUUGCUUCUUGCAGUUAAUAGAUUCAACGUCCUCAAUUUCUGGCCAAUAAUCACUCGGAUUCUCUUCCGGAAUCGGUGGCAGGAGUUCUUUAGGCUUAAGGAGGAGCAGAGUGAUGUCUUGAUUCCGCUAAUUAGGGCUAGAAAGUGUGCAACGGAACACCGCGGUGGUGGUGGCGGUGACGGUGGCAGUGAUGUUGUUUCUUAUGUGGAUACUCUGUUGGAUUUAGAGUUGCCGGAGGAGAAGCGGAAAUUGAAUGAUGAAGAAUUGGUGACGUUGUGUUCGGAGUUCUUGAGUGCCGGUACGGACACGACGGCCACGGCGCUGCAGUGGAUUAUGGCGAAUGUGGUGAAGUACCCGCACGUGCAGCAGAGGCUUCUAGAAGAGAUUAGAGAGGUGAAGGGUGAGAGUAGAGAGGAGGUGAAAGAGGAGGAGCUGCUGAGGAUGCCGUACUUGAAGGCCGUGGUGUUGGAAGGGCUGCGGCGCCAUCCUCCGGGGCACUUUGUGCUGCCGCAUGCUGUGACGGAGGACGUGGUGUUGAAUGGUUACUUGGUGCCGAAGAAAGGCACGGUGAAUUUCAUGGUGGCGCAGAUAGGUUGGGAUCCCGAGGUGUGGGAGGAUCCCAUGGCAUUCAAGCCGGAGAGGUUCUUGGAGAAGGAGAAGGAUUUCGAUAUCACGGGGAACAAGGAAAUCAAGAUGAUGCCAUUUGGAGCUGGGAGGAGGAUCUGCCCUGGCUUUAAUCUAGCAAUGCUCCAUUUGGAGUACUUUGUGGCCAAUUUGGUUUGGAAUUUCGACUGGAAGGUGCCCGAUGGAGAAACCGUUGAUUUGUCUGAAAAGCAGGAGUUUACUAUUGUCAUGAAGAAUCCAUUGCAUGCUCAUAUUACUCCUAGGAUCUGAAUGGAGGACCCUUAAUAAAGCUUCCUACACCCUUUUCCCAAACAAGAGUAUGUGCUGCAACAUUAGAAGUAAUGGAAUAAUGGUGCAAGGACUUUCUGGCAUGGAUACGUUUUUAUCUGUUAAUAUAAACAUAUCGUUUCUGUAAUUUAUGAAUCAUAGUGGCAUGUUUAGAUAGAUUGACAUUUUUUAUGUAUCAAAUUGCUCGAAAUGAUGUUUAUUUUGAAAUACACGGAGAAUUUCACUGU